CUUUUGAGGAACAGUUAAUUUAUAAUAAGAAGUUUCAGAUGUUUAGAGAAAAGACCUCUGAAGGAUUCUAGGAGAUAAGAUAACAGGAAAUGAAAAAAGAGGAGGAGGAAUCAUAAGCUCUAGGAGAUGAAAUAUAGAAGGUAGACGGUGUUCAUGAAGAUAAUGCGAAAUUACUGAACCAUGGCGCAGAAAGAAAAAAUAGACGGAGAUGUCCAGGAAGGAGGGGCAGCCUGGAGGGGAAAGUUGGAUAAGGUUGGAGUACUGGCGGAGUUUAGAGUAGUCCAACCGUGAACUCAAGGAGGCAGCUUGAGAAAACAACGCCGUUAUGGGAUUCGGCAUCCUAUCAUUGGUGUUCCUAAUAGCCGGAGCAGAAGCCAUUACGAACUAUCAGGGCAUAGACUUGUCAGAAAGGAUCAACGCUGAAAUGCGCCAUGAAGCGGUCGCUUCUGGCCUUCAGCCCGGCGUUGACAGAAUUCGGGAAGUGGCUGGCGGUAUUCCUGGACAACAUUGGACAAGGAAGUGGAGCGGAUCGAAACCAGCCGGCGAGGGUCCAGCCCCGGUCAUCAUGGACGACGAGUUGUUGAUGGAGUUAGUUCGCGAAAAAAGUGAACUGUACGAUUUGGCACACCCCAGGUACUGCGAUACUCCUCACAAAACUAAACUAUGGAAAGAAUUCGGUCGAAAACUCCAUCAAGAUCCUGGAAAAUGUAAACAACGUUGGGAAUCUCUCCGUUCUCAGUUCAGAAAACAUGUGCGAAACCAAAAAUCAAAAACUCGUGAUUCAUGUGCCACGCCUACAAAAUGGAGAUACGGCGAGAACCUGCAAUUUCUCCUUCCUUACAUGAAGGAAAGGAUGAGAAUUUCUUCCAUUGAUGGGUCAGAUGACAUAGAGGAAGAAGCUGAGGUUUCACAAGAAUCGAACGAGCCAAUACCUCAGGUCAAACUUGAGCCACAAAAGCGUAUAGGUGAGUUGCCAUCCAUAAAACAAGAACCUAAAGUCCGGAAAACCCUUCAAUAUGAGACAGCCAAAAGGAAAUUCCCUGCGGGAACUGCGAGUUUUGUUCCCAUAAAGAGUAUAUUAAGUGAAAGGAGAAAAGACUACGAAACCGACGAGUAUGAUCUGUUCUUUGAUGCGAUGAAAAAAACCAUCAAAAAGUUUUCUGCUGCAGAUAAGUUGUUGGUAAAGCGACAAUUAUUUAACAUGGUUGCUGAAAUAGAGGAGAAAUAUGUAAACGACCGGCUGCCAGUAUUCCAGACCCAUUACCAGCAGAUGUACCUUGCAAAUACCCAAUUCGGACGUCAUAUAUAUGAUCCAUCGCAAGGCUCUCAUCUGCGGGCCUCCUAUAUUUACGAAGACACCAGCGAGUCUCAGCCAUCUUCUCCUGCUAGCGUUCAUUCUGGCAAGGACGGAGACUGCUCUCCUCGACUGGAGGCCGCCCUGGAGUCUAGGUCAACUGGAAGCGGAGCUCUGGAACUGGCCGGCUUCGCCCUCCAUUCUCCGCUGCGAUCUGCCCCUCUGGACAUGUACGUCACGGAUAUGAGAGUCAAGGCCGCCGACAGGCUCCCUAGAGUGGAGAAGUGCAGGUUCGACAGAGGAACUUUGGCGUUGCAAGCCAAGUUGGGCUUCAAAGAGAUGAUAGUGUCAGGUAAGGUGGAACUAGUUGGAGACGGGCAUGAAGGUAAAUGCAACAUGACCCUGAGGAUGAGGAGGCCUGGUCUUGGAGUGACAGUCCUACCACAGAGGCCAGGACGAGCGAGGUUGGGUCUAUCAAGGCUAAGUACUGCCGCAACGUUUGUGGAACCACAAUUCAUCAGCGUCCACGCCUAUGGCUGUAAGAGGUCUGAAAAAGGUAGGGGUGAAGAAGAAGAAAAAGAAGAAGUGACAGAGGAAAUGGAGGAUGUUUUUAUGAAAGGUGUGAGAUCUCUUAUAACAAGAUAUAUGGAAGCAAGACUUGAACCCGCUUUGAAAGACAGCCUCAUGCUAAGUCUUGGAUAUACUUUGAGCUAUGGAAGAUAAUUAUAUUCUGUUGUGCUUAGUCUUCAUUUUUGUUUCUGUAAUUUAUUCAUGAAUGAAUGAUGGCGAAAUUUAAGAGUUGAUUAAAUAUGUUGUACAAUGAGACCUGUGAGAAAUGUUUGAUUGUAGAAAAUUG